AUGGGUGCCUGCUUUUCCGACGCCACCAAAGUGGGCGGCUCAAGCAGCAGCAACACCACCGGCGUCAACAACUUGUCGGACAAGCAUCAACACAAGGCCCAGAAGACGCAGAGAAAAUCAUCUAAUAACAAGAACCAGCAGCGGAAGCAGCAGCAGCAGAACCCGCCGCAGAACCAGCAGCAUCACAGAGAUAAAGGGGAAGUGACGAGGACGAAUGGAGUGGUUUCAUUAGGGAAGCGGACUAAUUUCGGGUACUCGAGAGAUUUCGAAAGCAAGUACGAAAUUGGGAAGCUUUUGGGCCACGGGCAUUUUGGUUACACAUUCGUUGCAACAGAUAAAGCGAAUGGGGACCAGGUGGCGGUAAAGAGGAUCAACAAAAACAAGGUAUUCUUACUGCGCGUGUCCCUUCUCAGUGGCUUCGAAAAUCUCUCCACGGAACAUUUGGGUCCUUGUUAGUGGGUCACUGAUGGUUUAAUGCCUUAAUUUAGCCGUUUGGUCUACGUCCAAUGAGAGAUCUAACUUACUGGCAUUUGGAUUAGGUUUGAUGUAUGUUUUUGACUCAUCCUACAGGAGAAAUGGUUAUUUUCAUGAUCUUGAAUUUCUGGGUGGGACUUCUAUGUCAAGAAAAGGUGUUAGUCAAUGAUGCUUCAAGUAACAGAUUCAUGAAUUUUGAUGCAAGCAUUAUAGAUAUGCUCGGUUCGACUUCAAUUCAAAUGGAUUGCUUCUCUUCACAGGAUUUCCCUUUUCCUUUUUAUUUUUGUGGCUCAAUUGAUUGAAGUGGAAACUUAAAGACGAUAAAGAUAACUCUUCUUAAACCAAAUGAAGUUCAAGAAGGCAAGAGAUUUAAGCUCUUUCUUUUAAUUGGCGAUAUUUCUUGAAUGGAUAACAAGAAAUUAAUUGAGUAUAAUGAUUGGUUAGCCGGUUGUGAUUGGGAUGAGACAGUUUCUCUGGCUCAGGGAGUACCUGGCACACCGAAAUAUAUGAGAAUCCUCGGAGGAUUGAAUUUUCAGUUAGAGAUGCCUGCAAAACUUGGGGGGUUUGAACCUGGCAAUUGGAACUUAGUGAAAUUUGAAAAUCAUUAUACUAAUGAUUUUACGUUUCAUGUUUUUCUAUUAGUCAUUGUUUGGUUUAAAUAUUUAAUAUAUUUUAAUUGGAUUUUAUUCAGAUUUACUUUCACUACCCAUCCCAAUUGAGAUUAAAUGGGUGGGAGAAGACUGUUGAAUUUUAUGGGUUUGAGAUGGAUCCUUUUAUUUUAUUGUUUCCAGAAAGUUGGCAUCAUUAAGGGGGAGGGGGGGGGGGACGGACUUCAUCGACUUGGAAUAUUUUUCUCAUCGUCAUAAGACAUCUUUUGAUGGCCAUCGGUUUGGCAGGUUCUAGGCCGCAAAUUGAUUUCUAUAUGCUUUAUUUCUGAAGGCCUGUGGUUCCUUAUCUCAGUCAUCUGUGUGUGAAACUUCAUACGUUCAAAGUUAGUAAAAUUUUUAUCGUGGAUAAUUUUCUGCUGUCAGGAACAUAGAAAUUUCGGUUUUGGGAAUGGGCUUCCGAUGCUCUAGCAAUAGUUUAUUGAUUUAUGUUCUUGAAUGCCCUCCUUUCCAAGAGUUCUUGUUUUCGCAAUAGUGAAACUUUUUGUCUGAGUGUGGACGCUGGUUAGUGAUUCUAGUUUAAAGCCGUGAUUUUGAUCUUCUUGAAAUUGUUUUUAAGUUAGUCCUGUGUAAAUAGAGUUUUCAAAGUCAUAAUGAAACUUUAAAUGGCUCAUGAGCUCCUGGAAGCACGAGAGUCCCCCUGGAGUACUAGGGCUUAUGGAAGUAGAUCAACUUAAAUCCAAAAUAUUGAUGGAAAAUUAAAUUAUACAAUUAUUCUCUUCGAUGUUAAAGGGCAACUGUUUUACUGCUGUUAAAACAUUACUAAAAAAAUCAUCGUGGAAUGUUUUUCUAAAUUGUUUUGAAUCGGUGUAAGCUUUAAGAAAGUUGAAAGCUUGGUUGAAUGUUUUUGAACGCCACCGUUUGGCUGACAAUGUGAAUUGUGUCAACAAUAAUGCGAAAUAAUUAUAUCCUUUAGCAUGCAAUGAACUUAAUUCAAUAUUUUCAUUUUUCUGGUUCCAGAUGGUUCGUCGUACUGCCGUUGAAGAUGUAAAGAGAGAAGUAAAGAUAUUGCGAGCUCUCACAGGCCACGAGAAUGUUGUUCAAUUCUACAAUGCAUUCGAAGAUGAUUCUUUCGUAUAUAUAGUUAUGGAGUAAGAAUAUUGCUGAAAAUUUAAUUGGGAAUGCUUCUAAAAUUGUUUAUAGUACCAGUCUCCUCGUCAUCUUCCAUUGUCUAUAUCAUAUAGACUUAGUGAUCUACCCCUUUGCCUGUCUAUUUCGUGAAUAAAUUUCAACUGUGAAAACAACUCACAGCAAAGAUUGGUAAAAAAAUAGGAUAGCAUUAUCAUUCAUCACAUAGCUUUUUCAAGACGUUUUCAUUUAAAUAACCGCAUAGAAUUGUCCAUUUUUCAGUUAACAUAUUUUUUUUGCUAUCACAUUGGGUUAUUAGGUUCUCAGAUCAUAUAAUCUUCUAUUUCAGUACUGUUUGUAAUUAUUAUUAAUUCAGAAAAUAUAUCUACUAUAAAAAUGUUAAUUAAAGUUUCAACCUUAUUCGAAAACAUAGGAGCAAUAUUUUCGCUCUCGGAAGUUUUUCUUGAUGUUUCAGCAAAGGCGUUCAUCUCGUAGGGCGUUUAAAUGGGUUUGAGUUAAAAUUCACUUCAUAUUAUUUAACAAGGACUGUCUACCACCAAUUGGCUGGAGCUUAUGUUUUGCUUUUGAAUAAAUAUACUUACACCGGGGGAUGAACUUCUCUCCGAUGCAGUACUUAUAUUUUAGUAAUUUUUAUCCUUUAUUUUUAAUCCUUCUGUUAGCACAAGUUUUUGUGGGUUUUUUUGUUUGUUAAGAUCACCCAUGAUUUAUGUAAGAUAUAUGAUAUGACAUUCUCCUUUCUUUUAAUUUAGUCACAUUAUUAUAUUCCUCAGGUUAUGUGAAGGUGGUGAGCUACUGGAUCGAAUACUGUCCAAGUAAGUUCACAUGGAAAUUUCUUUUCAUUAAGAAUAGCUGCAUCAGAAAUCAGAGAGUUGAGAAAACGCAAAAUAAAUGUCAAACUAUUUUUUAUGCGGGCAAUAUUAUCCUCGGGCCAUUUGGACCACAAUAAACUUUUAUUCUAGUAUUUUACAGAAUCUCUGUACGAAUAUGAAACUAAAACUAGGUUUUUUUUUAGUCCUUAAAAGGUGCAUUCCGUUACUUAAUUUUUUUUUUAUUUUGCUUAAACAUAUUUAGUUGGUAACGAGAUGAUUUUGAACAGAAAGGAUAGCUGUUAUGCCGAGAAAGAUGCAGCUAUAGUCGUCCGACAGAUGCUUAAAGUCGCAGCUGAAUGCCAUCUGCGUGGACUGGUUCACAGAGACAUGAAACCCGAGGUAGAGGCAGAAAAAGUUAACGGAUGCCGAUAAUUAUUUCUAUGGUAAAAAAAAAAAUGUAAUUUUAUUUUACUGCAUAUAUUAAUCUGUUGAUAUCUGGGCAUGCAGAAUUUUCUCUUUAAAUCAACCAUAGAAAAUUCUCCCCUCAAGGCAACAGACUUUGGUCUCUCCGAUUUUAUUGUGCCCGGUACGCAUAAUCAACACUAGUACUGAAAAUUUAUUGAUUUGAGCCGAACCGCCUGAUUGGAGACCCUCUACGUGAAUAAACAAUGGUAAUGUAGAAGAAGAUUCUACUGUGCAGAGAGGAAGUUCCAUGAUGUCGUUGGAAGUGCCUACUAUGUUGCUCCAGAGGUACUGAAACAAAGAUCAGGACCUGAAUCGGAUGUUUGGAGCAUUGGAGUGAUAACCUAUAUUUUGCUUUGUGGAAGAAGACCAUUUUGGGAUAAAACUGAGGAAGGAAUUUUCAAGGAGGUAUAAUAUUUUCUCAUUUACGGCAUUCUAUUUUAAGCCACUACUGUUCAUGUCCAAAUCGAUCUUUCAUUUUCUGUAAUUUCCCAGUAUAAAGAAUUAACAGACUGUCUUAUUUUGACGAAAGUUGAAUAACUCCUUAUAAUGCACUUACGUUUUUUGUAAUGCAGAAAAAGGUUUAAACAAGGCCCUUACAGCAUCAUAUAAUUAUAACCUCAAUAGCCGAGUAUUAGUGUACAGUCUUUUCACAAGAAUUUAUAUUAGCCUAAUUCUACGUUUCCUCCCCUUCACUGGUAGAUGUAAAGUGAUAUCUCGAACAGUUUGGCUUUUCUCCCCUUUUUGGUCUAUUUUAUCAGACAAAUAGUCAUUUCUUGCUGUUGAUUCAUAUUCCCCCGAGAAAUCUAAUAACAUAUUUUCGUCUCUAACGACCACUUGAUGUAGGUAUUAAGGAAAAAGCCAGAUUUUCGUCGGAAACCAUGGCCAAGCAUAAGCAGCAGUGCUAAGGAUUUCGUUGGAAAGCUCCUAGUGAAGGAUCCUCGAGCUAGACUUACAGCAGCUCAAGCACUCUGUACGUACUUUACCCACACAUUAUUAAUGAGUAUGUUCGAGGAUCAAUCUAAUUAUAGAUAAGAUUCUUGCCCUCAGAAGCCUGCCGUGGCCUAGUAUUUACUCCCCCUCCCCGGUGACCUUUCUUGGACCAAUGUGGAAUAUUCUUUUAAUAUCUCAUUUGUGUUUGGAUAGCUGCCUACUUUUUUAAGAAAUAGAACAAGAAACCCACAUCAAGUAACACCUCAAUGAGUAGAGAGGUAGGGAAUGAAGAAGAGAGUGGCUUGUGCUUCUGGCUCCUACCUGACUCAGAAGGCAUAGUGUUGGCUAGAGGGAGAGAGCGAGAGAGAUACAGAUGAGGGCAAGGAACACGAUUUAGUAUUUUCAUGCAUAAUGCUCUUUCCACUUUGUGGGGUUAAAAGGUUGGUGGAGUUAACCGCGGUUAGGCAGGCAUCUCUCACAGAAACUAAGACUAAAAACUGAAGAGGAUUUAAAGCCAACUAAUCCAAACAAUAUGAAUUAUGCAGCAUUACUUUUCCAUGCUCUCCUCCGUUCUUUGAUUCUCUAUAAAUGAAUCGUCUUGAAGAAUUGAAUUUUAUGUGGUCAUUAUGCUCAACUGAAUUUUACGAUAUUCAUACUAUUUGGUGUUAUCAUUGACAAACCAAAAUCAAUUUUAUGUUGAUGCAAAUAUUACCAGCACACCCCUGGGUGAGAGAAGGGGGUGAUGCCUCGGAAAUCCCUCUGGACAUAUCCGUUCUGAACAGCAUGAGGCAGUUUGUGAAGUACAGCUGCUUCAAGCAGUUUGCAUUGAGGGUAUAUAUCUCUUUUUUUCCUUUUUUAAACGCAGAAAAUAUUUUAUUUUACUUAUCGGGCAUAAAACAGAGACGUUUAUAAUGUGUAGGCACUGGCGAGUACGAUCGAUCAGGAGGAGCUAUCUAAUCUCUAUGACCAGUUUGAUGCAAUCGACGUGGACAAAAACGGCUCCAUCAGUCUCGAAGAAAUGAGACAUGUGAGCCGUUUAUUUAUUUAUCCAUAUUGUGGAGUAUUUAUAUCCUAUUUUCAGAUUGCGAAUGAAUUCAUAUGAACAUAUCUACUCCACUACGACUCUUUUCCAUAAUUGAUGCUUUUAAUAUGACCCGCUAUAUAUUCUGUCUCACAGGCUCUUGCAAAAGAUGUUCCCUGGAGAAAGAAGGAACCGCGUGUUCUUGAGAUACUCCGUGCGGUAAUUUUGCUUGAAUCUACGGUUCAGGCUUCGAGUUCAUUUAAUCCCCAGUCUCUAGCUUUAAAAGUGACAACUAACAAAUGACGUGCUAAUAACUUCACUCAUGGGGCAGAUUGACAGCAACACUGACGGGCGGGUUGACUUCGAAGAAUUCGUCGCUGCAACCCUGCAGGUGCAUCAGCUCGUUGAACAUGACUCCGAAAAAUGGCUCCUUCGGUCGCAGUCUGCUUUCGAGAAAUUUGAUUUGGAUGGAGAUGGGUUCAUCACCCCUGAGGAGCUCAGAACGGUACGUCUGUUUCUACUUCUCCAUGAUGAAUACGAAUUAUUUCCAUCACAUAUACAUAAAUGUUACAUAUAUUUUACCUCAUAUAUUCAGAAUAAGUGGGAGUCUGAAUUGAAAUCCUUUUAAUAAAAUUUGAAAAAUUAUUCAUUUAUACAAUUAUUUUUUGUUACAGCACAUUGGAUUGCAGGGGUCCAUCGACCCAUUACUGGAGGAGGCUGACAUAGAUAAGGAUGGGAAGAUCAGCUUGUCGGAGUUCCGCAGGCUCUUGAGAACCGCGAGCAUGAACUCUUGA